AUGAAUCUGUGUCAGGCGAUCAACAGUGCAAUGGAUGUUGCAAUGGACCACGACCCGACAGCGUGUGUUUUUGGCGAAGACGUUGCAUUUGGUGGUGUUUUCCGAUGUACUGUUGGCUUGCAGGAAAAGUAUGGCAAAGAUCGAGUUUUUAAUACACCUCUUACCGAACAGGGAAUCGCAGGAUUCGGGAUUGGUCUCGCAGUUUCUGGAUCAAUCGCUAUUGCUGAAAUACAAUUUGGUGACUAUAUAUUCCCUGCAUUUGAUCAGGCAAUAACUCUUGUGCUUUUUCUUUGA